AUGCCGUCGCCGACCCCAAAGCCGGCCUCGCCGUCCGCCUCACGCCGCACAUAUCAAUCGCCUCACCCACAGCAGUGCCCGAGACAUGGAAUCUCCUCUUGCACAGACGGCAACACACAGCAGCUUCAUCAUAGCCACAACCACAAUCCCUUGCCACUCCGCAUCAAGCUCCCGUUGCACAACAAUUCGACCUCGGCCAGCUUGGUGGCCUCUGUCGCAGAGGGUCGCCCCAUCCCAGUGGAUGAUAGCACCGUCGAAAACCGCACUGAAGCCUUGCGUGAGCUGAACAGCCACUACCCGAGCCGCCAUCGGUAUGCCAAAUCCACCGGCGCCGAGAACACCACCUACUCUGAGCCAGUUAUUGUUCGUAGCUACUACCGACCGACACCCAACAAGACGAACCGCAUGCCUCGUGCAAGCAGCAGUAGCAAUCCCGCGGGAAUAGUCGUCGUCCGCAACGGUCACAGCACAUCAGGCUCCGUAACAGGGUCUGUUGCUUCAAGAACACGGACAUCCCCGCUUGCUGGUAAGAUGGCCUCUGCCAGCAGUGGCAUGCUCAACAUCAUGGCUCGGGCGCGAGGCCAGAACCCGCCGUUCGCCAACCGCUCGCACCCAGAAGACGCCAAGUUGCCACCUAUCGAAGCUUUCUCAUUCAAAAGUUUUCUUGAAAAUCUCGACCAACAGGAGACGACAGCCACGAGCAACGACAUCAAUGCGGAUCUCGACAGGAUCGCCGAGAUAUGUGCCCGGUCACGUUACUCUUUGAGCAACCAAUAUGAAGUGCACUAUGGGCCGCACGGCCCCGGCACCAAAUUCAUCGUAGGGGGUCAGCAAGGACCCGAAAACCACGGACCGACGCUACAAGCAGUUACGUCGGACGAUGAGACGAACACAAAGACGGAGCGAAAGCGACGAUUAGGCGGUCGUAGGAACAGUCGAGCGAUGGGUACACUCGAGACCAUCAUGUCUUCCAGCCGUUCGUCCGACGAAGACCACUCAAAGAAGGAGUCAGCGGCGGAGAUUGCCGACGACGUACGCGGGCGAGUCUCUACCAAGACUUCUCAUCACACAUCGCCUACUGGUUCAACAACCAGUGCACGACAAGGGCGCCCUCCACAAGAUUCUUGCAAGCAACGACCUGCCAUCAAGCACACACUUUCGUCAUCUCUUGCGCUCAUUGACGGCACAAACAAGACGACAACAAACCCAUACGCCGACAGUGACAUAUGUGCGCCGCACAGCGCACCCGCCGUCACUCUUGUAGGUGAACCUGCGCGACCUCAGCCAUGCACUAGCCAGCUCGAGGUCCAUACUGCCACCUCGGCCGCCAACAUGGCCACGGUGACAGACAUGGUCUCCGCCGCAUCGCGCGGCCACUCGCACACCCAUCACUCCGUAGCAGACAAAAGCAGCAACCCGCUGCCCCGUCCCGCCGCCAGAGGGCCCGUAUCGCUAGUCGACGGCGCUACGGCGACGGGUCUUCUUCUCUCGACGCUCGCAGGCUGGAUCCCGUGGAGCAGCGGUACUCCGACCGACGUCGCCGCGACGCAACAGGGCCGCGCCGUUGGUAGCCUGCGCAGUCUACUGAAGACGGCCGACGAUGGUCCAAGCCCCGAGUAG